AUGUGGCGAGAGUUGUUUGUUCGCAUUUUAAACGGUGUUACAACAUAUGCCGAAUGGUUCAUCCAGAAGCUUGAUGCCCUCGGUCGUAUGGGUUUUACUCCUAUAUCGAAGAUGACAGCUGCAAUACGUAUACUCACACAUGGAAUUUCAGCAGAUCUUUGUGAUGAGUACAUACAGAUUUCUGAAACCACUGUGGUUGAAAGCUUGAAGCGUUUUUGUGAUGCUGUAAUUGUGGUGUAUGCAGGGAAGUACCAAUGCACAUCGAAUGAAGAGGACAUUGCACGUCUACUUCGAGAAGGGGAGGAAAGAGGCAACCUAGGUAUGCUUGGCUCUAUAGAUUGUAUGCAUUGGGAAUGGAAGAACUACCCUACAGGGUGGCAUGGCACACACAGGGGAAGAAAUUAUAAGCCUACCCUUAUAUUGGAGGUAGUUGCAUCGAAAGAUCUGUGGAUCUGGCAUGCUUUCUUUGGUAUGGCUGGUUCAAAUAAUGACGUGAAUGUCUUGGAUCAUUCCCCAGUAUUCAAUAGCCUGAUCAAUAAGCAUGCCACAAAAAUUUGA